AUGUCAGGAUACCCGGGCCAGUACGGAGGAUACCAAGGUGGCCAGCCGCCGCAGCAACCAUACGCAUCGGGCGGCUACUACCCCCCUCCGCAGCAAGGAUACAACGGAUACCCUCCUGCUGGGUCGGGGUACGGCUACCAGCAGCCGUCGCCUCAACCCUACGGAUACAAUCAGCCCCCUCCUCCGCAACAAUAUGGUGGAUAUCAGCAACCCCCGCCUCAACCUAAUUACAACAGUCGCCCAGGAGUGCCCACCGUGAACUCGAAUGCUUACAUGCAUGGAAACCACAAUGCUCCUCCACCGCCGCCAUCUGAUCCGCAGAGAUUUGGACAUGGCGCACCCACCGGCUACAACUUUCAGUACUCUAACUGCACUGGCCGGAGAAAGGCGUUGCUGAUUGGUAUCAACUACUUUGGACAACGCGGCCAGUUGCGUGGGUGCAUCAACGAUGUGAAGAACAUGUCGGCAUACCUCGUCGACCGCUUUGGGUACAAGAGGGAGGAUAUGGUUAUCCUCACUGACGACCAGCAAAAUCCCAUGAGCCAGCCUACGAAACAGAAUCUCUUGAGAGCAAUGCAUUGGCUUGUGAAAGACGCGAGGCCCAACGAUUCCCUCUUCUUUCACUACUCAGGCCAUGGUGGUCAAACAAAGGAUCUCGACGGCGACGAGCCUGAUGGGUAUGAUGAAGUCAUUUAUCCAGUAGAUUUCCGCCAAACCGGUCACAUCACGGACGAUGAGAUGCAUAGAAUCAUGGUCCAACCUUUACAGGCUGGUGUGAGACUAACAGCUAUCUUCGAUUCUUGUCACUCGGGUACUGCACUCGAUCUUCCAUACAUCUACUCGACCCAGGGCAUCCUCAAAGAGCCCAAUCUUGCCAAGGAAGCUGGCCAAGGUCUGCUCGGUGCCAUUUCAUCGUACAGCCAAGGCGAUCUCGGCGGUGUCGCAAGCAACAUUAUGGGCUUCUUCAAGAAGGCAACUACUGGCGAAGAUGCUUACAACCGCACUAUGGCUACGAAGACGUCGCCUGCCGAUGUAGUCAUGUUGUCAGGAAGCAAAGAUGACCAAACCUCGGCCGAUGCGACGAUCGCUUCUCAGGCUACUGGUGCCAUGUCGUGGGCCUUUAUCACGGCCAUGAAGAAGAACCCUCAACAGAGCUACGUGCAGCUAUUGAACAGUAUUCGUGACGAGCUUUCGACUCGCUACACGCAGAAGCCUCAGCUUUCCUGCAGCCACCCUUUGAACACCAACCUCUUGUUCGUUAUGUAA